AUGGAACAAAUAUGUUUGAUCCUUUUGCUUAUAAGUAAGGCAUUAUCAAUUGGAGCACAAUUCAAUGGAUACAACUGUGAUGCCAACUUCCACAGCCGCUUCCCUGCGGAGCGGGACAUUAGUGUGUACUGUGGGGUGCAGACAAUCACCCUCAAGAUCAACUUUUGUCCUGUUCUCUUCUCCGGCUACACCGACACUGACCUGGCCCUCAACGGUCGCCAUGGAGAUGCCCACUGCCGUGGUUUCAUCAAUAACAACACCUUCCCCACCGUGGUCCUCUUCAGCAUUAGCCUAGCCACCCUGGAGACAUGUGGCAAUGCCCUGGUGGUUUCCACGGCUCAGGGGCCUAAUGCUUAUGGGAACCUCUCACUGGUGCAGAUUGGGAACAUAUCAGGGUACAUCGAUACACCAGAUCCCCCAACUAUCAUUAGCUACCUGCCAGGUCUGCUCUACAAAUUCAGCUGUAGCUACCCUCUGGAAUACCUGGUGAACAAUACACAGUUGGCUUCGUCAGCUGCUGCAAUAUCAGUGAAGGACAGCAAUGGUACUUUUGUCAGUACUUUGAGUCUACUGCUUUACAAUGACUCGUCAUACGUUCAGCAGCUGUCAAUUCCUAUGGCGGGCCUCACACUGAAGACACGUGUGUUUGCAGCAGUCAAAGCUACCAACUUGGACAGGAGAUGGAAUGUUCUGAUGGACUACUGUUACACCACUGCCUCUGGGAAUCCAAAUGAUGAACUUCGCUAUGACCUCUUCUUUAGCUGUGACAAAGACCCACAGACAACUGUGUUUGAGAAUGGGAAGAGUCAAAUGGGCCGUUUUGCCUUUGAAGUGUUUCGCUUUGUCAAGCACAAGAACCAGAAAAUGUCUACCGUCUUCCUGCACUGCGUUACCAAGCUGUGUCGAGCCGAUGACUGCCCCAUGCUCAUGCCGAUCUGUGGUAGUAGAAAGAAGCGGGACGUCUCAGAGAGGACGGAAUCAAACUCUGCAUCAGGAAAUGCUAUCAUUACUGCUGGGCCAAUAAUCACAAGGAGCGAUGACACUCCAAUGAACAACUCACAACUAGCUCAACUAAACAGCCCAGUGUUUCGGAUGAACACGGUGACCAGCGCACUUAUCUCAGGCAUCAUCAUCCUUGGUGUAAUGAGCCUGUGUUUCUUCAUCUUAUCCCUUACCCUCCUCAAGGGCAAGAGGGCCCCACCGACCAUCUUGUCGGGGGCUUGCAACCCAGCUUUCAACUAA